AUGGGAAAAGAAAAGCUACCUGGCUCGUGGAACUGUAUUAAAAGAGCACAGGAAGCUAUCUUUUUAAUUAUUGAGCUAACACAGUGCCCUGAAAUAAAUAUUUCAGCAUUAAUAAACGAAAAACUUGAACUUUCAGUUUACAUUGGGAAAACUGAACUUAAAAAAUUUAAUAAUUUAACUUUGCCAGCAUCUGUUGGCAAUGUAGAUGAGGUAAUUUCUAUUUUAAACGCUUUGUUGUCGUAUGAAUUUAAAAGUGAUGUGCAGAAUUUAAGAAUAAAUUCUGUUUGUGAAACUUUAGAAAAUAUUGAAGAACAAUACGAUGAAAAUAAGCAGAAAGCCAUACAAUUCAUUAGGGAGCAAUUAACAUUAAUUAAUACAUCCAAAGAAAACUUACGGUAUUCUCCAGAGAGUAUGAUACUAUUCAGUAUUUUAUGUACAAUUUCACCCCAUGCUUAUAAAUUUUUAAGGAGUUCUGGGUGUAUUUUGGCUCCUCACCCUCGGACAAUUCAAAGGUUAUGCUCAUCUUUGGUAGCUAAUCCUCAGAAUGAACAAUGCGAAGAGGACUUUUUAAAACACUUAAAAAAAAAAAGUCCUGUACUUCAAGAAUGCGAUCGCAGAGUUACAAUGAUGAUCGAUGAAAUUCACAUAAAACCAUAUGUCGACUAUAAAGCUGGCAACAUUGUAGGCAUGGCUUACAAUUCUGAAAACAUAGCUACAACUGCACAUGUUUUCAUGAUUCAGAGUCUGCUGUCUAAUUUUAAAGAAGUCAUUCAGAUAAUUCCUGUAAAAAAUAUAACUGCUGAAAUUCUUUUUAAUUUCGUGCGUAGAGCAAUCUUAAGUUUAGAAAAACUUGGUUUCUCAGUUAUCUGUGUUGUCAGUGACAAUAAUGCCAUUAAUAGGAAAACUAUGUCUUUUUUUACAUCUCCUCCAAAAUUAAGCAUAGUGUAUCCACAUCCAUCGGAUGCCACUCGGCCACUAUUCUUUAUUAUUGAUUCUGUUCAUAUAUUUAAAUGCAUACGGAACAAUUGGCUCAAUCAAAAAAGUGCAGAUCAGACAUUUUAUUAUCCAGAUUUCGAAACUUUAAAUUCAAAUUUCUUAAUGGCAUCCUUUUCUACUUUAAGACAACUUCAUAGCAUAGAAAGCAUAAAUUUAGUCAAAUAUGCUUAUGGAUUGAAUUUGAAAGCAUUGUGUCCAUCAAAUUUUGAAAGACAGAAUGUUAAACUUGUAUUGGAUAUAUUUAAUCCAUAUGUGAUUCAAGCACUUUUGAAAUUAGGCAAUGAACACCAACUAAAAAAUUAUAAAUCCACAGCGAAUUUUAUUGACAUUAUAUACAAAUGGUGGUGCAUCAUGAACGUGAAAACGCCUUUCAAAGGAGAUCGUUUCCGAGAUGAAUUUCAGAGACCUAUUUCUGAUAAGUGUCAUAUAAAUUCCGAGUUUCUAGAAAAAUUUCUCCUUUGGCUCGAUUACUGGAAAGAAAAUUCUUCAACAGGCACUCUUACAAAGGAUACACUAUUGGCUAUCAGUCAUACAACUCAUGGUAUAAUGGAGAUGUCAAAAUAUUGCCUUCAUGAGCUGAAAUUUAAGUACUUUCUUCCAGGAAAAAUUCAAACUGAUACCCUGGAAGCCAGAUUUGGGAAAUACAGGUCUUUAGCCGGAUCACAAUAUUUAGUAUCUGUAAGACAAGUCUAUGAAGCAGAAACAAAAUUACGUCUCCAGAACUUUUUACCCCUUACUCUCAAUUCGAGCACAUAUGGAAAAAUAAAAAUUAGCAGCACUGACAACAGAAUCGAAGUGGAUGAAAUUGAAGAAGAGUUUACAGAAUUUGACAUAAGUAUUACAGAAAAGGAUUUUGAAGAUGCUGAAACUUUUUUACCAGUAUUAACAUACCUGUCAGGUUAUUGUGCUAAGAGCUGCUCUGAAAAAACUUAA